AUGCUUCACAGAAUUCAACACGGGCUCGACGCCCAUCACGAACACCACAUGCGCAACUCCACUGAAGCUCUCGAACAGGCCCGGGGCGAUGGCAAGCGCCACAUCCUGCUAGCCGCCUCUGGAUCGGUUGCGACAAUUAAGCUUGUUCAAGUAAUAAAUGGUCUCAAAACGCAGCACAACAUCUCUAUUCGUCUCAUUCUCACCCAGUCGGCGUCGCAGUUCCUUGCCGGCCAAAGCUUAGAGCAGCCAACCGUGGAUCAGGUCUCUCGUCUGCCCCAUGUCGAUGCCGUCUACACAGAUGCCAACGAGUGGGCGCAGCCAUGGAAGCGCAAUGCGCCGAUCCUGCACAUCGAGCUACGCCGUUGGGCAGAUGUUCUGGUUAUUGCACCGCUGAGCGCGAAUACCAUGGCUAAGAUCGUCAACGGCUUGUGCGACAACCUGUUAACGUCGGUGGUUCGAGCUUGGGAUGUCACAGGGUCUAUAGACGGGGUCAAGAAGAAGAUCAUCGUCUCUCCAGCUAUGAAUACGGCCAUGUGGAAUCAUCCUGUGACGAAGACCCAGAUGCGUGUGUUGGAAGAGGAAUGGGGAGGCGAAAAUGGCUGGUUUGAAGUGUUGCGACCAGUGUCAAAGAAUCUCGCGUGUGGUGAUGUGGGAAGCGGAGCGAUGGUGCCCUGGGAACAGAUUGUCGAGGAAAUUGACAAGAAAAUCAACAACUAG